AUUAGCCAAGACAGGAAGCCCCACACCCUGAGGACUUAAAGAGUGAGAUGUGGCAAGGGCGUGGAGUUCGAGUCCAAGAUUUGCCCUGCCGAGUUCACCGAGAGGGUAAGUGACAGCUGGGCCUCCAGCCCCGUCCUCCACAGGGACCCAGGGUUCCACAUCCCAUGCGCUCUGCGGACCUGACCCUCCCCGGGGUUGGGAAGGGGCCAACCCCGCUGUGGGUUCCCUCUCACAGCUCCUGCAGGAUGAAGGCUCUCUCCCUCCUCCUCCUUCCCGCCCUGGGACUGCUGGUGUGUGGCAGGAUGCUGUGUCCCGUGGAUGAAGCCAUGAAUGAGAAGAUCCAGGAUGUUACCAGAGCCCUAAUUCUUCAGGUAAUAAGGAACAUUGGUCUGGACUGCCGAACCAUCAGCAACAGCGGGGACCUGGCCACUUGCCCCAGAGGCUUCGCUGUCACUGGCUGCGCGUGUGGCUCCGCCUGUGGCUCGUGGGACGUGCGCGCCGAGACUACAUGCCACUGCCAGUGCAAGGGCAUGGACUGGACGGCCGCGCGCUGCUGUCGCAUGCAGCUCGCCGCCUGAGGUCGCGCGUGCGCAGCGCGGCCCAGGCCUGGGGGUGGGGUGAGGCGGGGGGCGGGGGCAGGCCU